CAUUAUCAGAAACACACAAAACACCACACAAAAACCACAACAGAUGAUUCCUUCAUAACCAACUAAACUGAAAAUGGCGCUACAUAUCCACUUCGCAUCUUCCUUCACCCACAAUCCCUAUCACCAUCUUCCUCACACGCCUCUUUGCCACUCACCCACCAAACCCACACUCACUGUCAAGUCCCAGAACCCAUCAGAAUCCCAGAAACCCACGACCAACGCCGAUGAGACCGCCUCUGUUGCAACCCCACCAAAGAAAACCGGCUCAUCUGGGUUGGGGUUUGGGCCGUCCUCAUCAUCACGGCCUUCUAGCAAACCAAAUACGAGGGCUUCGAUAAUCAGGCGGUCGCCGGUUGAGAAACCCAAGGCUUUUGUGAACCAAGAAGAUAGGGUUAAGGCGAAGGAGGAGAACAGGAAUGAGAGUGCUUUUCUUCUUGCUUGGUUGGGACUCGGCGGAAUCAUUCUCGUCGAGGGCAUUGCUCUCGCGGCCUCGGGCUUCCUACCAGAAGAGUGGGAUAAAUUCUUUGUGAAGUACUUGUACCCAUCCUUUACUCCAACAGUGUUCUUGUUUGUUGCUGGAACAGUAGCUUAUGGAGUAUUGAAGUACCAGCAGAAUGAUCAAGUUAAAGAUGGGAAAUGAUAUUUAGCAAAUAUAGACUGAUAUUUUCAGGUUCUACAAGGAGAAAUUUGUUACAUUUUCCAAGUGAGUAUUUACUUAGUUUCUUUAGGUUGUACAAUUGUGCCUGUCAUGCUUGAUAGAAAGAUGAAUGAGAUAAGAAAUUAUCUAGUUUAAGCAAUUCUGUGUGCCAUCAAUUGAUGAGUUUCCUUAGGCUGUACUUGUGAUGCAUCUAUCUAUUGCAUCCAGUGGGAUCUUCUCUUUAAGUUCAUUCAUACGUGGCUGGUAGCUAGUGAUUGAAAUUAUGAGUUAUAUUUCAAUGGUUGGUGGUUGUUGAUGGUGUUAA